CAAGCACCAACCAGGUAACACUUCGUUGAGCGUAACUUCGUUGGCGCCAAUUAAGCCCCGGCAGUGUACUCGUACCGUACAGCACCGAUGAAUGGAUGAAUGGUGGGUGUCCAGGAACCAGUGCUGGGGGUUUCGGGUGAUAAGGUGAGACUUUGUUUCAGAGGGCUCUUUCUCAGUGAGAGUAUAUGCGGAGGAAGAGAUAGAGAGGUUGGAGUGGAAGGGAGGAUUGGAGGACGUAGGGGUGAGAAGGGGAGGGGGGCUGGCUCGAACACCACCUCCGCGAUUUUUCCAUUUGCUGGCUGGCUGAAGACCAGCCUGUUGACUUGAUGACGGAUAGAUAUCAUGGUGAUCCUACUGUACCCUACGAGUACUCCGCGAGACUGAAAACCGUGUGACGCAGCGUGUGGUGGUGUACUAUACAGCCUGCAGUCCGCUACUCGUACCGAUACUCGAGUACUCUGCCUGAGUAGUAGCCCUCAAUUGGUCAUACGGUGCAGCACCGGUACAAACCGGUAGGGCAAAUCCACCUCGUGAGGGCGAGAAAACAUGACAAGACGUGUUAUAUCUCAUUACCCCAUCCAUCUGAAUACAGUUGCCGUAUGAUACCAUAUCCAAUCAGCUACAGCCCUACAGGUAUCAUGGAUCACAACCAAACUGCGAUUUCCCAAUCGACUUACUACCCAUCUCACCUACCGGUACCUGCUCACCCCGCCACCACCCUCGUAAUAGUAGCUCAAUUCGAUCCAUGACCUGAAUAACAAAGCACUAAACCCGCAAGUGUCCUUCCAUUUCAUUCCACUCCUCCGACAUCCCCAUUAUCAGGUACUGGCUCGGAUUCACCAGUACCAGCACAAUACUUCCAAACCACCAUGAAGUUCUCGAUAUCUUCAGCAGCCCUGGUACUACUAAGUGCUCAAGCGACAACACCCUUCACUAUCCACCCCAGAACCUGGGAUUUCGUGGGCCUCCCAGACUGCCCAGCUAAAUGCCUAGCCUCUGCUCCAAAGGUGGACUGCGCAGCACCAGUGCCGUGCGAACUCGUCUUUGAUAAGACUUGCUUAGACUGCUGCUCCGACGAGGAUGAGUGAGUUUCCCUCCACCAUAUACCCCCCAAACCAAACACUAGCUAAUGCGAUUUACGGUGGACAGAAAAACAGUAAAUAAUUGGUAUGUGUCACACCUUCUCACUCUCCAUUUUUCGCCAUGGGAUUCGAAGGCUAAUUGAGAAUAGGUGCAUAAAGCUAUGCAAUAACACAACCCCCACACCUCCGCCCUUGCCGGUAUGUACCGCUACGGUAACGAGGGUUAGUGAAAGGACGAUAUAUACCGGGUCUGUGACGGUGACUUCGGCGAGGACGGUGUAUCUGCCCACUGCGACGGCAACUGUCACGGCGACGAGGACGGCGACAGUGUUUACGAACACCAUUAGGACAAUCACCUCCGCAAUAUCAACCUCAACAAUUUAUAGAACCACCAUCACCUCCUCCCUCCCACUCAACUUCCACUCCCAAACCACCACAACAACCAGAACUCUCACAACCACCACAACAACCAUAAGCACCUCCCUCUCCCUCACCACCCUCCCGCCAAUAACCACGACUUUAGCAACAGUAAUAACAACCACCCGCCCACUCCUCCCUCCGGAAACGAUAACCAGCACGCUGACCUGGACAACCUCCUCCAUUUCAACCAUCACCUCCACGAUCCCAGUAACGAUAACAAGAACCUACACCUCCCCGGCAACAGCAACAAAAACCAUAACCUCCCCACCAGGAGCGCCUACGGGCACAACUACAAUCACGCGCACGGAGAGAGCAACGCAAACCGUCACACGAGGAUCGCGAGAAACGGUGGUCGACGACGGGGACCAGAUCAUCGUGUACGACGACCAGUGGGUUAAAGUCGUCGUGAUAUUCCUCCUAGCACUGUUGGCGUGGUUCGUGGGUGUUUGGCUGAUUUGGAAGGAGUGUGUGUGUUGCGCCUAUGUUCCGCCACCACCGCCAGCGCCGCCCGCAGAGGGGGGGUAUUAGAGGGGGGGGUUAGGUUACCAAGUAAUAUAAUAAUU